UUCUCCUCCAGUCCAGCAAGGGGCGGUAAACCAGCUGCUUUGUUUCAGUGUGACAGCUGAAGUUAAACGAAACGGCUCCAGCAGCAGCUUGUGUUGUGGUGUUGAGUUUUAGCUAAAUAUUCAGUAACAAUGUCUUCAUUUCAGCAGCUGAGAAAUUUCAUUAGAGAGCGACUAACUGCUGCUGUGGAGGAAAUCUUCAUACAGGUCGAAAAAACCAUCGUCCGCUACGAGGAGGACAUUAAACUGCUGGAAAAAUGCUGGAAACCUCAAAUAAAACUCACCAGAAUCGACGAGCCAAAGCAGCAUGUCAGCAAUAAGAAGGAGGUUCUGACCGACCCGGAGCUCCGGAACCAGCAGAGUCUAGACCAGAAGGAACCAGAACCUCAAGAAAUUAGACAGAACCAGCAGGAACCAGAACCUCAGUGUGUAGGAGGGAAACAGCAGGAACAUGAUCAUAUUCAGAUGAAAGAAAACCAGAAGGAACCAGAGUUUGGAAAUACGGUGAUCCAGUACCAAGAGGAGAUCAGAAAGCUGGAUAUCUGCUGGAUUCAGCUCACCAGAACCGACUUCCCAAAGCAACAUGUCUGGAAGGAAGAGGAAGCUCUCAGUGACCAGAGGGAGCCAGAACCGACAGAUCCAGAUUAUCUGCAGUGUGACGACGACCAGAAGAAUCCAGAAGGUGUUAAAGAGGACGAGGAGGAUGUAGAUCAGUCUGAGGAUGAACCGGGGGAACCAGAACCUCCAGAGCGUGAAGAUGGUGAAAUAAAUUCAGAGUUUCUGGAUAUUAAAAAGGAUCCGGAAGAACCUGAUCCUAUGAAGAUCAAAGAAGACCAAGAAAAACCAGAACCUCCACAGUUAGAAGAGAAACUAGAGAACCCAGGAGGUUUAAAGGUUAAAGCGGAUCCAGAACCUCCACAGAUUAAAGUCGAACAGGAGGAACCAGAACCAGAACCUCCACGGUCUGACAGUGAACAUGAGAAACCUCAGCUGCUCCCCAUCCUGAUCCAGAGCAGCCAGCAGAUCCAGCAGCUGUUAUCGACACGUGAAACCGACACCUUUAUGGACCUGUUGCCUUCUCAUCAACCAGAACCAGACAAGGAACAGCUUCACCAUCAGAACCCUCCAGAACUUCAGCACCGUUUCUACUCAGGUGCAACGCUGGAUGCUGAGCAGAUCACAGAGGAAUGUAAUGGAUCAGAACCGCCACCUGUCCAGCAGGAGAAGAAGAAGCUCUGCAGCUGCUGGGAGGCAGAACAGUUUAUGGCAGCAGGGUCUCAGGAACACGGCUGGAUCGGACCAGAACCAGAGCAGUUUCAGUGUGAAAACCCUGCAGAGGAGCAGCAAAGUUUUAUCGAGCUUAAAACCUUUAAUUCAUGCAAUUCUGAGCAGAUGCAAGAGGAACCAGAACCUCCACAUUUGCAGCAGCAGGAAUCAGUCAGGAGUUGGGAGGAGAAACUUCUAAUGGCCUCAACUUGUCAACAACAUGGCUGGUUUCAACCAGAACCAGGCGCUGGUCCGCUUCACUAUCAGAACUCGCCAGACGAUCGCCACAGAUUCAUGGAGCUUUACGGUUUCUACUCCGGUGUGACACCAGGUCAGGAACACUACGGAUCAGAACCUGUUCAGCUGCAGCAAAAGAACCCAGACCGGGAGCAGCUGGUCGCUCUGACCCGACCUGCAGCCGAGGACCAGAACCAGGAAGGAACCAGCUCUGUGGGUUCAGAGCGUCGUUCUAACACAGACACUAUGAAGCUCAGUAAAUGCUACGUGUGCAGUGCCGUAGUGAAGUCUCAGAGUUUGAAUCAGCAUCUAAAGACACAUCCGGGUGUGAAACCGUAUGUUUGCCAGCGCUGUGGAGAACGCUUCGCCCAACACGCUCGCCUGAGGGACCACAAGAUGACCCACCUGGUGGACCACCUGAAAGCUCGGCAGCUAGCUGGAAUCAAAAGCAGACAGAAGAACUUCUUCUGUGAAAUAUGCAAACGAGGCUUUGCUGAACUUGCUUUUCUAAAAAUUCACUACAAAGCUCACAGGUGGGAGCAGCCAUUUUGUGAAACCUGCGGGAAACAUUUCACUUCUGAAUAUUCACGCAAGUGUCACCUGAAAAUACACCAGAGGAAACGUGCAAAGCCAUUUUACUGUGGGUUAUGCAAGAAAAAGUUUGCUUGUCAUUCAACCAAGAAAUCCCACAUGAAGAGGCACAAGGAACAGGAGCCAAUAUUGUAUAAAACAUGGCGGGAAACGUCCAAAACCACGAAGCCAGUCAACCACCGAGAAACUCCCUCAGCUGAUGAGACUUUGUUUUGUAGAAUAUGCAAAAUACUUUUUCUUUAUAGGACUUCUUAUAUUGCCCACAUGAAGUCCCACAAAAGCCCGGCCAACAGUUGUCGCAAAUGUGGGAAAAGUUUUAAAGAUAAACAGAGGCUGGCAGCUCACAGGAAGUCCCACAAAAAGAAACCAGCCUUCAUUUGUAGAAAAUGUGGGGAAAGUUUUAAAGAUAAAUCUGAAGUAGGUUCCCACAUGAGAAGCUGUGGGAAGCUCUAUGGAUGUGAGAAAUGUGGAAAUAGGUUUUCCUCAUGGAGGGGAGUCAGGUGCCACCAGGAAGGUGGACGUUGUAGGGGAAGAGUUCAGUCUGUCAAGUAGUUUUUUUUUGUUGCUUUUCUUCAGUUCCAGUGACGUUGCAAAGAUGAGACACAACUUUCUGUAAAAUAGUUGGAAGGUUAUUGUUUGCUUUUUGUUUCGUUUUCAGCGCAAACAAAACGGAUGUUUUGUUCACUGAUUUACUUGCUGAGGCCUUGAUGGUGUUGAGCUGUAUCUAGAGGUCCGAUUGGGUCGUUGAUGCUCUGACCUCAUGUUGCCUGGGGAAACGUUCAUUUCUGGAUUGGAGGCUGAUUCUAGUCUGAAUUUCCUAAAAAUAAAAAGUUCCAUGUUUAACGUUCAAAUCAUCAGCCGAUCCUCACAGGAUCGGAGUUUAUAAUCUGUUUUUUAGAUCUCAGUCUGUUACUCAGUUUAAAAUAAACUAGAUGAAAGACC